AUGGAAACAAUUCGUCACUGCCUUAGCUGCGUUGUCUAUUAAAACCUUAAGAUCUUCGAAGCUAUUGAAGAUGAUGCUCUGCAACCAGCGCAUUCGCAUUACCUCUGGUCGCCAGGGAUUAUCGACGCGCCAAACCAACGCGCCUGCUCGGAGCGUCUCCGUUGCUGCGAAGAAGGAGGCAAACAAUGGAGGUAGCAGGAGCCUUGACGAGCGUGGUUACAUCAGCCAAGACAACAGCGGGCGCUCCAACAUCUUCCCAACAAGCAGCAAGGCCUACUACAGCAGCCCCACCUCAAACGCUGUAGCGUCGUCUGGCUUGGGAGGCGGGUUGGGCGCCGCCGUGCUAGCAGCGGCAGUGGCCAUCGUAACAUUGGUAACUGUCGCCGUGGUUUCAAGGCAGCCCUCAGAAACCUUGGAGCAGGUCAACGACGUCUAUGCAGGGGACUCCCUCACGGUGAUUGCCGAGCGCCUGUCCAACUCGCUCUAGGAGCUCUUUUACUUGAUACGGCUACUCGAACGCCACUGUGCCUUCAUCUGUACUUGUCCCCGCUUCUAUUGGCAAGCGAGCAGACCCAUACCGUGAAUCACCUAUUCCUAACCCUCAACGGCUUUUGACGGUAGGGACUGCCACGGCUCAAGGGAGGGGUUUCGAAGAGCCGCAGCCGAGCUUUGUUAGCGGUGAUAGCAGUGUAUCAGACGACCGGUAUACCGUAGCGGAAAGGUGGUGGCAGCGGUCACCGGUAUGCUGCCAUUGAUGUGCGUGUGGUGGGGAUUGUGCUGCCGUUGAUGCUGCUGGCACGCCCAGACGCUAGCUUCAUUUACGUUAAUAAGCUCUGCGUCCUGGUAAAGGUUGCAAGUGGAGCCGACUGGGGGAUUGUUGCUUCGCAAUUUUGUAACAAAUGCACUCUAAUUUUUAUAGCCAGGUAAGACACGUCUGGUUAGGCCUGUUGUACAUAGAAACCGGUCCCGCAAAGGGGACAAACGUGUGCACCCUAUGCGCACGGCGCGCUGUGAGGACGAAAGCCCUGGACAAACGUUCUCUAUAUGCUUGCAAC